AUGGCAACAAUCCAGCAGGUCCUCCAAACCCUUCUGCUUCUCUUUAGCAUUCAGCUCGCCUUCCUCAUCUGCUCUGGUUUAGGUUCCAACUUCAUGAUCGGAGGCGACGUCCUGACAGCGGGGGGCCAAAACCUGACGUACAUGGAAUACUCCCUGACCCUGCAAUCUGAUUGCAACCUCGUCCUGAAAAAUGGCAGCACAAGAGUGUGGGAAACCAUGACAGGGGGCUAUUCAGCUGAGUGCUACGUCACUCUGGACCUGAACGGCAAACUCGCCGUUUGGCACCCACGUUUUCGCUACCCACUCUGGAGCAGCGGCAUUAUGUCCCAAGUUGGGUACUAUGCCCUCGUCCUCCGCUAUGACGGCACCCUUCGGAUUGUUGGUUGGACUUGGACGAAGACCACUGAGUCAGUGCUCUACUCCGGUGAUGUAGCACCCAUCGGAACCACGAUCGUUAAUGGGAACAAUGAACUCACACUGCUGGACGACUGCAACCUGGUGCUCAACGGCGACGGAGCCACAAAAUGGCAGACUGGUGUCACUGACCGAACCAUGCAUGACUGUUACGUUAACUUGGAAGCUAAUGGUGAGUUGAGAGUGAAGCAUUGGGGUGGUGAUGUUCUCUGGACUAACAGAGUGGCUUCACCCACGUAUCUCGGAGUUUGUUCUCGUGCUGCAAAACCAACGCCAUGCUCACUGUCUAUGGCCCCUGUAAUCUGGUCUAAUGUCAUCUCCGGUGCUGUUUCCGGCAAGAUUGACACGGUCUCUGCCGACUAA